AAAAAGGUGUUUGGGGGACAUUAAAGUCUAUAAAUAAAACCUUUCAAAAUCGGGCGAGAGCUCUCGCGUCAAUUUGUACUUCUUUCAAUCCGAUUUGACUCAGUUACCUUGUUUUAAGGCGUUUUUGGCUCGCUUUCCGGUCGUUCGUUUCGAUGGCGUCGACCUCAAACCGAACCGGUGGCGGUUCCUCCUACGGCGGUGCGGCUCCUUACCGAUCAAGAGAUGGUUUAAGCACGAGACCGGUGGCUAGCUCCGAUGAGAUACAAUUGCGUAUUGAUCCGAUGCAUGCUGAUUUGGACGAUGAGAUCUCUGGUCUCCGUAGCCAAGUUAAACAAUUGAGAAACGUUGCUCAAGAGAUAGGAUCAGAAGCAAAAUUUCAGAAGGACUUUUUAGAUCAGCUGCAAAUGACCAUGAUUAAAGCUCAAGCAGGGGUUAAGAACAACAUCAGGAAACUGAACAAGAGUAUAAUCAAGCAUGGGUCAAACCAUAUUGUUCAUGUGGUUCUUUUUGCACUGUUUUGCUUCUUUGUUGUCUACAUGUGGUCCAAAGUAUCCAGGAGAUGAAGUUCGCAAGACUGCCGGAUACAUUGUUGAACGGGGAUUGAAAAUUUAUUCAGCAAAGUUGGUUGUGUAUAACUUUGUUUGUUCAUGACUUUAUCAGCUGUAUAAUUGACAAAGACAUCAAUGUUUCUAGGUUUAAUGCUAUGGUAAGAACGCUAGUUCUUUCAUCCUAAAGAGAUGUUUUGCGUUUAUAAA